GUUUUGCCAUCUCUAGCUUCACUCGGCGCUUCUUUUUUCUCCUAUUCAAAGCAAAUCACCAACUGAAAAUGCGCUGGCAUUUUAUGGCUUUUUCGCUCAAUUAAUUGUUUUAAAGUGUAUAAAAUAUAGCAGUAACAAUAUGCCACCUCAACUGGAUCCGAUAAGCGUGCGCACGGCACGGCUGAACAACCUGAUUCUGGGCAAAGGGGUUGGCGUCUGUGCAAAACCCGCGGGAAAUGCCAGCGGAUCGGCUGCCUCCGUUUCAUCCGUCAGGAGAAGCGUCGUCCCUGUAAGCACCACCAGUGCCGCUGUGGCAGAAGCCAUCUGCCGGGAGGGCCUUUUGGAUGCCUUCUGUCUUCUAUACAAUGAAUGCGACAAGGACGCGCUGAAGAAACGCGAUCGAAACAUCGCCGAGUUUGUCAACAAAUUUCGUCCCAUCGUGGAGGAGACCCGCAAACUCCGAGUAAAUGCAGAUGACUUCCUCAUCAAGGGGCUUAUUGGUCAGGGCUACUUUGGAAACGUUCAUCUGGUAGUUGAGCGGCAAACCAAUGAUAUUUACGCCAUGAAAAAGAUCAAAAAGUCGGUGGUGACCACGUCUCAGGUCAAGGAGGAGCGGGACAUCAUGUCCAUUCGCCAUUCCGAGUGGCUGAUUAAUCUGCAGUAUGCUUUCCAGGACAACGAUAACCUGUAUUUGGUGAUGGAGUAUAUGCCUGGUGGGGAUCUGCUCAGUUUGAUGUCUCGACAUGGCCCUUUCGACGAGGACUUGGCUCGGUUUUACCUGGCCGAACUUACUGUUGCGCUGCACACGCUCCACGAGAUGGGUUAUGUGCAUCGGGAUAUUAAGCCGGAGAAUAUACUGAUUGAUCGAUUUGGGCACAUCAAAUUGGCCGAUUUCGGCAAUGCUGCUGCCCUAGAUCGAGAUGGAAAUGUGCUAAGCCUCUCGCCCGUGGGAACACCCGAUUAUAUUGCUCCCGAGCUGCUGCAGACCAUCUCGACCUACAAACUGUCCAAGUCGAUGCACGAUGUCAGCUGUGAUUACUGGUCCAUGGGCAUCAUUGGUUACGAGCUAAUCUGUGAGACUACACCUUUCCACGAGGAUAACGUCCACGAGACGUACUCUAAAAUCCUCUCCCAUUGCGAGGAGAGUCACCUGAAGGAGCUGAUCAACUUUCCCAGCGACUUGAAGGUGUCGCAUAACUACAGAAAUCUUAUUGAGUCCUUGAUCACGAAUCCCUCGAAGCGUCUGUCCUACGAGCGCAUCAAGAAGCAUCCCUUUUUCGAUGACAUACAGUGGGGCUCCAUACGGUCUCAGGUACCGCCGAUUAUUCCAACUAUUAAGUCGGACGACGACACUUCCAACUUUGAAGAUGGUACGCGGCACAAGUCACGUCGGGACCAAGGAGUAGCCAAAAGAUCGCUGUCAACCAACAUGAAAUCCAAUGACUUUAGUGGCAAGGAUUUGCCAUUCAUCGGCUACAGCUUUGUACACAUGGAAAAGACCGCCCUGACAGUUGCCAAUGAUGAAAAGUUGCAGGAGAAGCUAAAGGAGCUUUUGCAGAAACUAAAGACCAGGGAGAAUGAGAUUUCUAUGCUAAAGCAGGAUCUAAUGAGAGCUCAACAAUCCCUCAAAAAGACAGACAAUAAAUCACAGGUCGUGAACGAUGCUAAAAUGGAAAUCAAGAAGUUGCAGCAUAUUAUUAAGGAAAAGACCAUGGAGUUGGCCAACUGCAAGACGCAGAUCAAGACGCUUCAGAGCUCCGCGAAAAUAGAUGAGGAAAUGUGGUCGAAAAAGGAAGCUACCAUCACAGAUCUUUUACGACUAAAUCGACAGAAGUAUGAAGAAGCCAAAAUUGCAUCGGAACAGCGAUACGAAAAGCAAUUGGCCGACAAAAAACAAGAGCUAGCCGCCACGCUGCAGAAGAUGGAUGCCCGGGAGCUGGAGUUCAUUGCCAAGAACGAUGAGUGCCGGCAUAUUACCCUCAAGUUGGAGAACUACAAGGAUAUGGUACAGCAGCUCAAGGAUCAGCAUCUUAAGUCCGAGGCCAACAAUGAGGAACAGAGGCGCCAAAUGGCCGAAUCGUAUGAGAAAAAGCUUUCAGAUCUGCGCAAAAAGGUACGCGACUCGCAGGACACACAUCGGCGCCUCACCAUGGAGAUGAAGGAGAUCCGAACCGAAAGGGACGAGUCAAUCAGCUCAAGCAAGUCAACCCAAGAAGCAAAGGAUGCCACAGAGCGAAAUAUCGAACAGAUACUGCGUCGUCUUAACCAAGAAAUUGCCUCCAAUAAUGAGUUGAAUUCAGAGAAGGUUAAGCUGGAGACGAAGCUGAAGUUAAAGGAAAACGAUAUGCAAGAGGUGAAAGCAGAGUGCCAGCGACUUGAGCGGGAACUUCAGCUCGUCGAGUGUCGCUGCCAACUAGCUGAGUCCUCGCUAGCUUCCCAUGCCUCCCCAUACGAAACGGCACCUGGCUCUCUGACCGAUCUAAACGUCGUCGAAGACCAGCUUCGUGCCGACUUGGAGGCAGCCAAGGAGAGCGAGAUUCACCAGAAGGGACGUGCUGAUCAACUGCAAGCGCUGGUCACCAAGCUAGAGCAGAUGCUGGAACGUUUUAACGAGCAGAGUCUCUCGCCUACCAAGUCACACUCGGCGCGUAAACCCGGAACUGAGACAGUUGGCGAUAUGCUUGAACGUCAGAACGAGAAGCUGGAGGAUAAGUUAGCCGCUGUGCGGGAGCAGAUGAUUGUGGAGCGUCAGGCGGCGCGCACGGCUAAUCUGUCGCUCUGGAAGGUGGAGAAGCAGCUGGAAGAAGCGCUCUCGGAGAAGAAGCUGCUAGCCCGUCGCAUGGAACUAACAGAAGAUCGAAUUAAGAAGGCUCAAAAUGCUAAUGAGGAAUCCCAGCGGUUACUCAAGUCGUCGCAAGAGGAAACGCGCCAGCGUGAGGCUCGGAUCGAGGAGCUAAAGCAGGAGCUGGCCGCCGCCAAGAGGGAUGUGCUGAAGGAGCAUCGCCAGUGGGAGAAGGCCGAACAAGAGCGCAUGAAGUGCAAGUCAGAGAUAAUCGAGCAUUUGGCCAAUGUGCACAAACUUCAGCAGCAGGAGAGUGAUGUGCGUCAGAAACUGAAGCAAGUCCAAUCCCGUUUCGAUAGCCUCACAUUGGAGCACAAGAACACCCUAAGGGAGCUGCAAGAGGAGCGUGACAGGUGUCAGGUAGCCUCCGAUUCCAGCCUUUCGUUGAAAAAGGAGCUCAAACAGCUUACGGAGAACUUCCAGAGGCUGAAGUACGCUUGCAGUAUCACCGAUAACCAAUUAACAGAGGUGGAAACGAUGCUGAAAUCCGAACAGGAUAGGAACAAGUCCCAAAAGUCCCAACUGGAUGCCGUUUAUGGAAAGUUGAGGGAGCGGAACGAUCAACUUACUGAACUCCGAAAGCAAAUGGUUGCCCUCGAAUCCGAGAAGCGUCUGGCCGAACAACGGGCACAAGUCUUGGCAUCAGAGCUCGAGGAAACCAGACUCAACCUCAAGGAUCAACAAAAGAAGUUAGUAUCGCAGCAGGAUCAGUUGGUGGAGCAGACAAACGCUCUGUUCGCUACCCAAGAACGUGCAGAUCUUCUGGAUGGUGAGAAUGCCAAUUACCAAGUCCAGACCGCUGACUCUGUUCGGGAAAUGCUUAACCUGAAGGAGGAGAAUGCUCGCAUUCUGAGCGAACUCUUCCACAAGAAGGAGGAGGUGAGCAACCUUCAGUCAGCAGUAAGGGAUCUCGAAACCGCCCAGGCAGACCUACACGCUGAGAUUGAUUCCCUGCAGGACACUCUGGCCGAAAAGGAGCAGUUCUAUGUGCAGAGGGACAUAAAAUCCAAUGCCACAUUGGCCCAGCACAAAAAGCUGAUCGAUUACUUACAGCUCAAGGUAGAGGAUCUAUCGGCAAAGAAGAAGAAAACCCUGGCCGACAAGCUCUUUGGUUCCAGCCACACCAAUAAGGAGAACGUCACGCCCAACGAUGUGGAGUCUUCUAUUCUCUAUCGAGCACUAAAGGAGGAACUGAAGCGCGAAAAAAAAUUAUCAAGCAUGUUAAAGGAGCAAAUAGCGCAGUUGAAUGGCACAGCAACCCUGCGCUCACCGCGAAAGACCGCGUCUGUUAAUGGUGACUCAGAUGCCCCAAAGCAGCGGCCAGUAAGCAUUGCUGUCCUGCCGCGUUCCCCUCAAAAGGAGGUGGAGUCCCUAAAACGUACUGCAAGCCAUGUGGAACUAAAGACUACCGAAAAGUCAGGCAGUGUGGAGCAGGCGCAUCACCGUUUCGAACUGGCUCUACAGGAGUCCAAGGAAGGAGCCUCAGACUGUGUGGUCUGUGGCCAAGCCAUCCUUUCGGGAUCACCCUACUGGAAAUGCAAGGAGUGUAAGGAUGUGACACACCGCAAGUGCAGGGCCAAUGUUCAGGGAAAUUGUGGAACUAAGCAGCCAACGGCUCCGCCAGCCGAUGAGGAUCUGAACAGUAUCCCGUCUGGAUCUUGCAUUACCCUUGACAGCGUGGAGAACAGCGAAUAUAUCGGAACUUUGGUCUAUAGCUGUGACGGUCCGGAGGAUGGUGAUCAGGCAGCCAGAAAGGAUAUCGAGGUAAACUGCGCGUUUGAGGUGGCCGAGCAGCAGAUUCUUCUUUUGGGCUGCAAUACGGGCUUGUAUGCAUAUCACUUGGACUCGCAGCGACUGGUCCACAUCAAGGGUAUCGAGUCUGUGAGCUGCAUGUCCAUCUGCUUGCGCCUGGCCAAGGCUAUUAUGGUGGAAACGGUCGGUGAGAAGCUGUAUCAAUGCGACUUUAGGCAGUUGGAGUCCCGUUGCCACAGUUCCAGUGCAUGUCACAAGCCCGUUCUGGAGACCUCCGCCAUUGAGUUGCCCUUUGCGAAUCGCACAGCCUCGGAGAAGUGGAAGCUGGUGCUGAUUUCGGACGAGGCGGAGAACGCCUUGGAUUCAGUGGCCAUUGCUGCGACUUCCACCAGGAUUGUCAUCUUGAAAUACGACCUCAAGGUACAUAUGUUUAAGCCCGUUAGAGCCUUGGACACUGCCACUCCCGUCACUUCAAUAUUCUUUACGCGUCACUCGGCCAUUGUCACCUCGGAUAAAUUCUACGAGAUCGAUUUGGACAAUUAUGGGGCCGAAGAGUUUGUAGAUCUGGCCGAAAAGUCAAUGCAAAAUACUGCGAAAUGGCAGCCGCUGACUGCCGUACGGAUUUCUCGACAGGAAUAUCUGCUUUGCUUUGCGGAGAGUGGCGUCUUUGUGGAUGAGUUUGGCUGCCGAUCCAGGCCGUACGAUUUAAAUUGGAUGUAUGCUCCCACUGGCUUUGUCUACCGCGAGCCCUUCUUAUUCGUUUCCCACUACCAGAGUGUUCAGAUUAUCCGUUUGCAUCGAUCCUUUAGCAAGGAGUUGGCCAACGGAGGAGAUAAUAGCUCGGAGGCAUCUGAGUCGCCAGAUUUGCAGCGCGUCUACUUGCCCCACUAUAUGUCCACUCUGCUGGCGAACAGUGGCGAUGUAAAUUUGUAUACACUUUCGAUUGACAAGAGGCCCUGCAAUGGCACACAGAAGAUCUAUCACUUGGACACGGUCCAGGCAUUCAAGAAGAAGCUGAAUGUUUCCCUGGAAACCAUAUCAUCGAUAGCCACAACGGUGACUACAGGCUCCACGAUGACAGGUGAUAGUGUAUAGAUAUAAAUAUAGGCGGGAAAUUCAAGAAUUUGAAAAGUAAGAUUUAGUCUCUCAAAAGUAAUUAUAUUUAAAAUACUUUAUAUAUAUACUAAUUAUUCUUAACUUUUAAAGAAAAUCUCAGAAAUUGACCACUUUGAAACCAUUUUAAUUUAAAUGAAUUACAAAAUCGAACUUCUCGUAAUCAAGUUUUCA